GCGUCAUGACGGGACAAAGUAUCAAUAUUUAUUAGCCUUUUUCUCGACGUUCAGUUCUUUGUUUUAUUGAAACACACAAAUGCUCGCUUUGUCACAGGAUCUUCUACAUUUGUUAGUUUAGCAUCAAAAUGUUUACCCAAUUUAUGCAGAGCAGCAGUCUGCUGUCACGUUCCUACCGCCCACGGCCCACCUCUACGGCCUUUCCUAGAAGCUCUCGGGCUAUGUCAUAUAGCUUUGGAACUGUACAUGCAGCCCCACCAAGAUCUCGUCUCAGCAAGUAUGCUCGCCGAUCUGGUUAUAUGGCGUUAGGCUUUGGGACGGUUUGGCUAGUCGAUAAGGAGUACAACGCUUCUGCGAUAGGGAGAAACUUUAGAACGCUAUGGACUUGUGUGUUAAUAACCCUGGAUUACAAAAUCAAUUUCCAGCCAAGCAAGGCAGAUCAUAUACCCGACCUUCAUGAACGUGUCGCCGGCAGAAUGUACGACCUCUUCACAUCCAACGGCGGUUUGUACAUUAAAAUCGGCCAGGCAAUUGGUGCUAACGCUGCCCUCCUUCCCCGGGCCAUGCAGGAUAAAUUUAGUCGACUAUUUGACGACGCUCCACAGAUUCCCUACUCUACGAUCUUGUCAGUCUUCAAAUCAGAAUUUGGGAAACCCCCCAGUGGGUCGGAUGGUAUCUUUGAGGUGUUUGAAGAAAAAGCAGUAGCCAGUGCCAGCGUUGCACAGGUCCAUCGUGCGAAGCUCAAGAGCGGGGAAUGGGUGGCCGUGAAGGUUCAGAAGCCGGACGUAAACAAGCAGAUUGAGUGGGAUCUGGGCGCUUUUAGAGCAGUGAUGUGGAUGUUUGAGCACUGGGUGUUUGACCUGCCGGUAUAUUUCGCGGUUGACUUUAUAUCAGACCAUCUACGACAGGAGCUUGACUUUGUUCAAGAAGCCAAGAAUGCCUCGAAGACCGCCGAGUUUGUGGCCGCAGAACCGCGCCUUGCAGGGAGUGUACAUAUCCCGAAGGUAUAUGCAGAAUAUUCAACGAAGAAAGUGAUGACGGCCGAAUGGAUCGACGGUGUCAGACUCAGCGACAGAGGUGCCAUACGACGUCUAAUGGGUGAAAGUGAUAGCUCUAUGUCUAUCGUCAAGCUAUCUUCCGACUUGGAAGGAGUCCAAUUGAAUGGUGGACUGAAGGCAAUCAUGCAGACUAUGGUGGAAUUAUUCAGCGCACAAAUGUUCAAUUGGGGUUGGGUUCACUGUGAUCCCCAUCCCGGGAACAUCAUCAUUCGACCACACCCAUCGGAUCAUCGUCGCCCACAGCUAGUUUUACUUGAUCACGGUUUAUACGUGCGGGUGUCGGAAGAUUUCAAAAGACAGUAUGCUACUUUGUGGCGGGGUUUGCUUGCGGCGGAUUUUAGUGCAAUUGAGGGUGUGACGAGGGAAUGGGGAAUUGGAACCCCAGAUCUGUUUGCCAGUGCAACGCUGAUGAAACCAAUGAAGUUCAAAAAUGGGAAUGGAAAUGGCAAUAGAAGCAGCGGAGGGGAAAAUUUUGAGGGAUUAAAUGAGUAUGAACGGAGCGUCAGGAUGAAGGCAAAGCUGAAGAAUUUCUUACUGGAUACUGAUAAAAUGCCUAAGGAAUUGAUUUUCCUUGGCCGGAACAUGCGGAUGGUACAAGGAAACAACCAGUCGCUUGGGACUCCUGUGAACAGAAUCAAGAUCACGGGGUACUGGGCAUCAAGAUCAUUAACAAGAACGCCAAACCUCCCAUUCUUGCAGCGUCUAAAGGAGUACUGGCAUUAUUUUAUAUUCCGGAGUAUUAUGUUUUCGGUUGACGUGUUUUUCUGGACAAGUAAGCUCAGACAACAAAUCAAGGCAAGACUAGGUCAGAAAGGCGAAGACUUUGAGGACGAGCUAGAGCGAACUAUGCGAGGUUUUGCGAAGAGUAAUCUGGGAGUGGAUGUUGCUCCAAACGCCUUUGAAGGCUGAACUACGACACGAUAUAGACGCACCACAGGUGGGACUUCUUAAAUAUCAUUUUUAGAAUACUUUAGACCAUGAUAUUUUCAUUGUGCAUUACAUGUAUUGUCCACUACACCAGCUCAAAUAUCUAUCACCACAAGCAUAGUCAUUCACGUGUUCACACCUGAAUAUAAACCGGUAAUCAACUGCCGUUACACCAAACGUUCCCCCAUCGAUCCUGCGCACCACCUGCCGACCCGUAGCUUGGCUCAUCGUCCCAUGCAUCGUCAAUGUAGCCUACUCCAUAACUUGCGGCUGCAUUAAAUUCCGGUAGUGGACACUGGAUCCCAAGGAAGUAAGGGCAUGCUCGAUCUACUGCAUUACAUGUUCCAAGGCACGGCAGCAAUGCAUCAUAUACACUGUUAAUAGGCGGCAGGUUGGGAUUGCGUUGCGAAGAGCCACUGGGCUGCGGAACCAGUGCAGAUAUAGGGACUGGAGCAGAAUAUGCGGAGGAUAUAGGGUUAGGCGAUGCUUCAGAACACCGGGUGAAGGAGACACUACAAAGCCAUCGGCGGUAUGCUCUUUGACAGUCUGCGCAUGUCUGCAACGGUGAAUAGAUACCACGACCACACGCGAAAGUGAGUAACAUCGUAGUGAAAUUUGUCAUGUACUGGAGUAGUGGAUCGGACACGUCAGAAGGGAGGGUGGUAGAAUUGUAAGCAAGAUUUGGAGCUGCAGGGGGAGGAAGCGGCACAGCAUAUGCUGUGGAAGGGCAGAAUGGCAGGGAGUAUACCAGUGGACAUGCAAAUGCGGCAGAUUUCGUGGCAAAGUAGAUUGGUCCACUGACUUUCGUUUGAUCUUGAAUAACAUAUACGGUGUAGUUUGUUAUUGGUGACAGAUUCCCCAUAAGCCACUGUGACCUCCAGCCUUGCUCAUCGCGGAGCCACAGAUCUUGAUUUAUCUCUAAGCCUGAUUGUGGUGCAGAUAGUAAACUACACCCCGUUUGAGGCAGUCCAGUUAAAGAAGAAGACGUAGCACUGAGGACUAAGGUAAAGUUCGGGGAUGAUGGCGGCGUGGGCAUGGAGAGAUUUGCAGGGGGGAUGGUGUAGUUUGGAUAUGUUGGCUGCUCUGCGAUAGGGGGAGAAAAUGGAGGUGAAAAUAGUAGGGCUUGACUUGAUGUCGUAUCUCCUAGUAGUGGCAGGACAUUGAGGACUUCGUGCAUUACACCGCCAUUCGAAAUACCUAUUUCGAAAGAGGAUUGCCCAAGGCCCUCAACGGCUACGGUCCCACCGUCAAGCAUAGGUCCUGUCCAGUUGCCAAACCCUUCGUUCAAAGGUAUGUUGAACACAUCCUGUCCACCAGUGGAACUAGGUACAUUUAUUGCAGAAUUAUUUGUGACAUAGAAACGUGCAGUUGUACUCUGUAUCGUCCCCGAGCAUAUUGCCACGGAAACAGAGAGCUGAGACGAUGAGGGAAGAGAAAAGGCAGAGGAUCCAGCGAGAG